UGAGAUUUUUUUCGGUUCCGUGUGUCUUCUGCUUUCUCCGGAAAAAUCAUGCAUGUUUUUCAGUGUAUUACUUUGAUACUUGAUACUAUGGAAUGAAAUGAAUUGACACGCUGUUUUGACGUGUGUGCGUAUUGUGAACGAUAUUUGUUGUUUGAAAAAUGUCAGACUCUCCUACUUGUUUUUCACCGAAGCGCCCGGGCUUACUGACUGGCGUCGAUCCAGUGGAGUUCCUUUUGGCUGGCAUAGCUGCUUGCGGGGCUGGGUUUUUCUCUAACCCCCUUGAAGUUGUUAAGACGCGUAUGCAAUUGCAAGGAGAACUUAAGGCCAGGGGACAGUAUGCCGUUCACUAUCGCAAUGUCUUCCAUGCGUUUUACACUGUUGCAAAAGCCGAUGGGUUCAUAGCCAUUCAAAAAGGUUUGGUACCAGCCCUGUGGUAUCAGUUUCUAAUGAAUGGGUUUCGACUGGGAACCUAUCAGAUUAUAAACAACUUAGGGCUAACCAAGGACUCACAGGGUGAACUCAGUUUACCCCGGAGUGUUCUCGCUGGUGCGGUGUCGGGCAGUAUGGGGGCUUUUGUUGGCAGUCCAAUUUACAUGAUAAAGACCCAUCUUCAGUCACGAGCUGUAGAGGAGAUUGCUGUGGGUCAUCAACAUGCCCACCAGAGCAUGACACAAGGCCUUCUUCAGAUACACUCAAAGUUUGGGAUUUUAGGCCUUUGGCGUGGUGUUAGUGCAGCUAUUCCUCGGGUGAUGGUUGGCUCUGCAUCACAACUCUCAACUUUUUCAAACUCCAAAAAUUAUAUUGAAACAACAGAGAUGUUUCCUCAUGGUAGCUGGCUGAAUAGUUUCAGUGCUGCCAUGGUCAGUGCCGUAGCAGUGACAGUGUUUAUGACGCCUUUUGAUGUGGUCUCCACUCGGAUGUAUAACCAGGGUACAGAUGCCAAAGGCAGAGGCCUCUACUACUCAGGCUUUUUCGACUGUUUCACUAAGAUAUUUCGUGCUGAAGGAGUCUGGGGAUUCUACAAGGGUUGGGCAGCUUCAUUCUUUCGACUUGGACCUCAUACAAUCCUCAGCCUUGUCUUCUGGAAUGAAGGGAGAAAACUCUACUUCAAACUUCAGAAUAAGGCCAACAAAAAAAGCUCAGUAGAUACUGGAUAA